GUCUCUCUCUCACACUGGCCGAUCAUCACCAACUUCAUUCAAACAAUUGUUCCUCUUGUCUUGGCGUCGACCCAGUCUGGUGGCGAGAGGGCGGGUUAGCAGGGUCACCUUGUCCCUUAGCGCUCUCCCCCUUCACAUCGACACCAAUGCAUGUUCCAAUGCAUGCCCUGUGGACCCUGUCAGCCCCCCCGGCGCUCCCCGGAUGCCACGGGGUUGCUCCACCAAGACUAACAUCGUGGGAACUGGGAAUAAGAGAACCCACAGUGAACGUCAGCGUUCCAAACCGGUUCUUGGAUUUUGUUUUGGGACCCUCCCUCUCAUCGAGAUUCGAGAUGGUCCUUGUGUCGUCGCAGGUGUCGGUCGGCCCGUCUCCCUCCUCAGCUCAACACUAUGCAGAGCAGCAGGAGAUUGCUUGGCUCGACUGACUUUCUGGCCACAAUGCCACACGCCUCCACUGUACCUCUACACUACACAUGCAAACAGUUGUUGGAUACGCCGAAGGGGUCCAAAUCUGUGUGAACAUUACCUUGCCUAGUGUACAUAGUAUUGGUUACAAUGGCGCAAGGGUACUGGUGCCGUUA